AUGCGGGACCUGGGUUCCCAUGCCAGUCGGGGUAAGCAGUCGGUGCAAUCCCGGCUCAACGAAUUGAUCGGCGGUUACGGCUACGGUGUGCUUGAAGUGCCUGUCCUGGAAGCCACUGAGUUGUUUUUGAGGAAAUCCGGCGGCGCACUGGCCUCCCAGAUGUAUUCGUUCACCGACCCCGGUUCCAAUUCGGUGAGCCUGCGUCCGGAAUUCACUUCAGCCAUCAUGCGUCACUACCUGGAAACUACAUCCGGCGCUGCGACCGAUUCGGUAAAACGGUGGCAAUACGCUGGCCCGGUUUUCCGGUACGAUCCCGACAAUGUUGCCAGUAACGGACAGUUCACCCAGGUUGGCGCUGAGCUUAUCGGAUCGCGCAGCACGUUGGCGGACGCCGAACUGCUGUCUCUGGCUGCGGGUGUGCCGGCUACCCUGGGUAUCGCCGAUUACCGUGUGCGCGUGGCCGACCUGGACGUAUUGGAUGGUGUGCUGGAUACGGUGGGCCUGUCGGACCGCGCCCGUUCGUUUAUAGUCGCCAACAUGAACCGCAUCAGUAGCAACCAGUCUACGAUGUCAGCCAUCCUGCAACGGGCUGCCGAACUGCAUAUCGCAUCGGGACGCGAUGUGUUGCCGGAAGAAAAACGACCUGGCCGACGCGGUUUCCGGCCUCCCCGAUGA